UUAUGUGGCACUGAAAAGUGAAAUGUAUUGUCGGACACUGGACUUUAAAUAAUAAAUAAAAACAAAUAUUAAAUAUUAUAGUGGUGAAAAUAGCGACAAAUAUUUUUAUUAAUUACGCUGGAGCAAAGUGGACACUUGUUUUAAACUUUUAUUCGUAAGAGAAAUAAUAGAAAGAUUGGAAACAUUUUAUUUGAAAUGCCAUGGAUGUACUUUAUCAUCAAACCAGUCAAUUAAUACAGGAAGCAUUCGAUUUAUUUCAUAAACUUGAUUCCAUUCCAGACUCUGACAAAGUUGAAAAUGAUAUACAAUUUAAGAUUAAUGCUAUUAAUGGAAAUUGUGAAAAGCUUGAUAUUUUGGUGUUUAAAACACCAAUUAAUCAGAGACCAAUGGCUAAGAUGAGAGUAGAUCAGUUAAAAUAUGACAAUAAACAUUUACAGGCCUCAUUAAUCAAUGCACAGAAUAAAAGGAGAAGGCGAGAACAAGAAAAGUCUGAAAGGGAACAAUUGUUGAGUCGACGUUUUGGUAAUGACCAUAUGGCAAUAACAGUGGAUUAUAUGGCUCAAGAAAAUACCUCAUUGCAGAAUUCUCAUAGGAAUGUUGAUGAAAUGUUGCAUACAGGCUCAAAUAUUUUGGAGACACUGCGAUACAACCGAGACACACUCAAAGGUGCUCAUAGAAGACUUAUUGACUUGGCGAAUACCCUUGGCCUGUCCAACGCAACGAUUUCUCUAAUAGAAAAAAGGGUGUCGCAAGACAAAUACGUCCUCUUUGGUGGAAUGUUUGUGACAUUGUCUGUGAUCGCUCUUGUUAUUAUCUAUUUUAUAUAAUCUAUACGAUUGUCAUUGUUGAUGUCAAAAUUAAAUUAUUCAAAUUUUUUUGUUAUCUUUUAACUUAAACUUUAAUGUGGUUUUGACUUUAUUUAAAAAAAAAACAGCAGCCUUACAAUCUUUUUUUAAGUCUGGCCUCAGAUUUCUGUGUCUGUUUCAUGAUUUGUCAAUCUAAUAGGCAAGUAGGUGAUCAGCCUCCUGUGCCUGGAAUUAGUUUUUUUUUUAAUUCACGUAUACUAAGUUUCAUAAGUGUCUGACAUUAUUUAUUUAUUUACACUUCGUUAAAUUUAUAGAAAAACAUAUAAUAAUACAUAAAAAUUACAAGGGAAGCAACGGGCGGCCUUAUCGCUUCUAUACAUUUAUAAACUGUAUUUAAAUGUCAAACACAUGACAAUUGCAUUAAGAUUGUUGCUUGGAAUUAUAUAUUUUCAUGAUU